UUUUCAUCUGGGGAGAGCUCAAAAUUGAUUAAAGUGCCAAUGAAAGGUAAAAUUGCCCUGAAUGCCAAAGGUGCAAAGAAAAGUAAAAGACAGCCUUCAAAGCAGAAGGCUCAUCAGCAGAUGAGCUCUUCCAGUGGCAAUCAUGGUCAAGUACCGGAUGAGAGCACUUCCAGUGAAACAUCUGAGGAUGAAGGAAGGUCAGCAGACAAAUGGAAGUAACUGAUGGCCCUGGUUUAACUCACUCAUCUGACCCAACUUCAGAGGAUGUCCGGUUAGAAGCUUCAGCCUACAAGGAGACUAUGCUGCUGUUGGAAGAGCUUAGCGUGGUUCAUACGGGUUCUGCUACUUUGUUGAAAAUGCAAAACAUACUUCUUGAAUAUGAACGGAGAAUAGAACGUCAGAAAAAUCGGUAUAAAGCUCUCUCAAGAGAAGUAAGGAAAUUGGAAGAUGAAAGGGAGGAGUCACAGUUCAGAGCGGAGAAGACUCAAGAUUUGAAAUCCGUGUCGGCUCACCAAGAAGCGGAAUGGAAAAGGGGUAUCCAAAGCCUUAGAUCUUCUUUGAAACAAGAAGAAGAAAAGAGGCUCAGAGUAGAAGUGCUGUGUGAGAAAAGGAGAGAAGACCUCCGAAGGAAAGAAGAUCAAUGUUGUAAAGAGAUGGAGGAGAAACAGAAACUUGAGUUACAGUCUAGGAAUUUAGAAAUGGAGUUAAGAACACUGAGAAAGCUCUUGAAACAGGUUGAAGAGGAACGUGAUGAAACACAGAGACAGCGCUCUCAGGAAAAGAGGGCCAGAGCCCUUCAAGAAGGAAUUUUGAACAACCACCUUGGGAGACAAAAGGAACUAGAAGAAGAGACAAGAAGAUCUAUCGGAAAAAAUUCAGAGGAAUCCCGCACUGAUAGAGAAGAGGAUCUGUUGUACAAGAAUCAGUUACUACAAGAUGAGAUUGCUAUGCUAAGGCUAGAACUCACUCAAGUAAGACUUAGGCACCAGGAGGAACAAGGAAAAUAUUUAAAGGAAAAUGAGACCUUGAAAGAAAAAAAUGAAGCUCUCAAAAAGGAACUUAAACUGCACAAGGAAGCAUUAAGACAAAUGUUUUUUCAGUUCAACGCGGAGCUGGACUUAGUAAAGAGAGAAUCUGCAGUGCUGACUUCCAAACUUGAGCAGACAAACAAAAGCAAAGACAGACUAGAGACAGAAAUUGAGUCAUUGCGUUCCUCCCUGAACGCUGCAGUUCAAGAACUUGAACUUCAUUUGUCAUCAAAAAGCAAUGCUGAACGAAGAUUUCCCAGAGAACGUGAUGAAUGCCUUUGCUUGCAAGUCGAGCUCCAUCGUGACCUCUCUGACGUGCAAGAAACCAACAAGAGCUUGUCUCUGCAGCUGUGUAAAGCUAAAAGCAAAGCUAAUAGGCUGGAAAAUGAGCUUCACCAGUUGAAGCAAAUGCUCGGAGAAAAAGCUUUGCUUUUAGAAAUGACAAAAAAGAAUUAAGUCAAGGCCAGUGUUGGGCAAAGGAAUGUGAUCGUGCUCGACAACUUGAGAAAGAUCCAGUAAGCAAACUUGUAAUAAAACAGGAGUCCCUGCAGGAGCGAUUGGCCCAGCUCCAGAGUGAAAACCUUUUUACUCCAUCAGCAAUGGGAAGAGAUGCAGAACAAGAGGAUCAUGAAAGAAAAAAUAGCGGAUUAUGGGCAGGAGCGUUUUAAAGACAUUUUCAACAAACUUAGAGCUGAUACAGAAAAGCAAGUUUAUCUAAUAGAAGAGCGAAACAAGGAUUUAAAUGCCAAGCGUACUGAUUUAAGGGAACAAGUCUUUAAAUACGAGACUGACGUAGUAGAAAGACAGGGCAUGUUUGGACAACUGCAGCAGGAGCUUGCUGCUGCACUUAAAAAGCAAUCUAUGCCAGAAGCUUCACUUGAAGUUACUACGCGCUACCACAGUGACCUGGAGAGAGACAAGCUGCGCUUGCAAAAGGAGUUGGAAAAAACGGUGAAAACUAAGACGCAGAAGCAGAACAUGCUGGCUCUGACAUCCAAGGACUUGCACAGCACGUGGGAGGAGCACUUGAAGUCAAGAUCCCACCUUGAAGAGCGCGUUGCUCAGCUGGACGAGGAGAAGGCUGAACUGUUGCAACAGAGGGAAAAUGGAAGUACAAAGUCAAAACAGCUGCCAGCUCUCCUCUGGUGUGGCUGAGAAAACACCAAGAGGAGGAAAACCAGCAUGUGGCUAAGUAAAUGGCCACACAGAAGAGGUGGAG